AUGAGUUGUAAUCAACUUGCUGAGGAAUUGACACGGGAUUACGGCAUCCCGGAAGACGUAUCUGCCAAGAUAACAUCCGCAUAUCUGAAGCAAUUCAGAAAAUGUCCGGACAACGCAACUCUUACUCUGGAUGCUUGGCGCACCAUUCUCUGGAGCAAGGCGCUGGGUGACAAAUACUCGCCCUUGGCGAAAAGGAUUUACGAAAGAUGGCUUUAUUUAAGAUACCAUUACAUGAUGCUGGCGCCGAAUACGGUUUCCAUGCUACGUCAGUUAAGAAAGAAAUAUCUACUGGGCCUGAUAACCAAUGGCCCGUCGAAUGCUCAGUGGGAGAAAAUACGCAAACUGUCACUAGAACAGUACUUCGACGUUAUCCUGGUGUCCGCUGAUUUGCCGUGGGAGAAACCGGAGCCGGAAAUAUUUCAUAAGGCCUGCCACUUUCUGAACGUGAGACCCGAGGAAUGCAUCAUGGUCGGUGACAAACUGGAGACGGAUAUUUUAGGUGGUAUUGAGGCUGGAUUACGCGGGACUGUGUGGAUACCCAUCGCAGAUAAACCUCGUCUUUCAGGAGACGAUCCCAAACCAGAAUUUACAAUAAGACACGUAACAGAACUCGUGCGCAUAUUGGACAGGAGUCCAAACGCGCCGGAACUCGAAGAUUCUUCUUCAAACGCGUCCGAUGGUAGCUAA